GGGCUUCUUGGGAGGCCAGCAAGGAGCGCAGCUCUGCACUUUCUGGGAACCCACCUAGAGGGCCCCCUUGACGCCACACAGCCCCUGUCAGGCACCAGUCUGCAGCCGGAGCGGACUGCUGCAGAGUUAUUGUACAGUACCGCGGAGCCUCGAGCGUGCGGGGCUGCUCAGCGCUGGGGCGGCGGAGCCCGAGCACCGGAGGCGGUUGCGACGCUUCCAAAGGUUCUGCUGCAGAUUCGGCGCUAGGGGAGUCCAGCAGGAGCCUGUUGCCAUUGUGUUUCAAAAGCAUGCAAGGUCUGUAUGGCUUGGGCAUGAGAAUCUUUCCAAUUCUGUCAGCAGAGUGAGUGACAGCUACCGGGAACUGAAUUGGGGGUAAAGCAGAGAAAGAGAAGAGGAAGACAGCAGGGGAAGAAAUUCUUAGACAACGUUUGACUUGGAGCUGUGAAAUUCAUUUGCCAAGGCAAAAUAUGAAAAGCCCACACAUGGUCCUGAUAACAACAAAUUAAAGGGCAUUCUGCAGUGAAGAAUCAAUAGCUUAGUCAUUUUACUUCUAGGGAGCAGACUGCCUUAUUAUGAGGUUAGGCGGCAGAAGAGGAUUUCACCCCCACAGCACCUUCUGAAGUCAUGAUGGUAGCUAAUGGCAGUCCCGUCCUGCAAAGCAGAAAUUGCUCAUCGCCUUCCUACUUGUGUAGCCAGUCUGAGAUUUGGGGAGGAAGCUGGCUUCGGUGAGACGUGUGCGGUGCCAGCCCCUCCGCUCAGGUCUUUGUCCAACAGACCUCAGACAGCACCACUGUGUUCCAGUGACAACAUAUGAAUAUGUACCUAAGAAAAAAGAAAAAGCAGUAUUCGUUUCUAAAAGACAUCAUGGCUCAGCAACCUGAAGUUUUCCAUGUCCCUUCGAAUGCUCCUUUAAUGAGGAUAACAAGAAACUGUUUUUUGACUCCACUCUUCCUACAUGGCAUAGUCCUUCCUGUGAGGAUGCAUUAAUUUACACUCUGGAUUUUAUUGGAUUUUACCAGGACCAUAUUUGCCAUCCCUUAGGAUUAGUAUCUGGACUGGUUAUAUUAGUAUGUUGACUGACUGGCGGAGCCUAAAGAUGGACCCGUGCCCGCAGUGCUUUGUAAUGCUCCCUUCUUCAAAUCCUGUAAGGGCUUUUGUUAAUGCUAUUUGUUUUUCGGGGGGGAUAUUUUUGGGGAUUCAAUACUUGUUGCAAUAAUUGCCCAUGAUAGCUGUUCAAACGAGAGAGCUGGAAUCCAUCUAUGAAAAUCACUACACUCACCUAGGAAACGAGGAAAAUAUUAAUGAGAGAAGACCUGCAAGCAUGAUGCACGUGAAUAAUUUUCCCUUUAGAAGGCAUUCCUGGAUAUGUUUCGAUGUGGACAAUGGCACAUCUGCGGGACGGAGUCCCUUGGACCCCAUGACCAGCCCAGGAUCUGGGCUAAUUCUUCAAGCAAAUUUUGUCCACAGUCAACGCCGGGAGUCCUUCCUGUAUCGGUCAGACAGCGACUAUGACCUCUCUCCAAAAUCCAUGUCCCGGAACUCCUCCAUCGCCAGUGAUAUACAUGGAGACGACUUGAUUGUGACGCCAUUUGCUCAGGUCUUGGCCAGCCUGCGAACUGUACGAAACAACUUUGCUGCACUGACUAACUUACAAGACCGAGCACCAAGCAAACGAUCACCUAUGUGCAAUCAACCAUCCAUCAACAAAGCCACCAUCACAGAGGAGGCCUACCAGAAACUGGCCAGCGAGACCCUGGAGGAGCUGGACUGGUGUCUGGACCAGCUAGAGACCCUGCAGACCAGGCACUCGGUCAGUGAGAUGGCCUCGAACAAGUUUAAAAGGAUGCUUAAUCGGGAGCUCACCCAUCUCUCUGAAAUGAGUCGGUCUGGAAAUCAAGUAUCAGAGUAUAUUUCAAAUACGUUCUUAGAUAAGCAACAUGAAGUGGAAAUUCCUUCUCCGACUCAGAAGGAAAAGGAGAAAAAGAAAAGGCCCAUGUCUCAGAUCAGCGGAGUCAAGAAGUUGAUGCAUAGCUCGAGCCUCACUAACUCAAGUAUCCCAAGGUUCGGGGUCAAAACAGAACAAGAAGAUGUCCUGGCCAAGGAGCUAGAAGAUGUGAACAAGUGGGGCCUUCAUGUCUUCAGGAUAGCGGAGCUGUCCGGGAACCGGCCCCUGACUGUCAUCAUGCACACCAUCUUUCAGGAGCGGGAUUUAUUAAAAACCUUUAAGAUUCCAGUAGACACUUUAAUUACAUAUCUCAUGACUCUGGAAGACCAUUACCACGCUGACGUGGCCUAUCACAACAACAUCCAUGCCGCUGACGUCGUCCAGUCUACGCACGUCCUGUUGUCCACACCUGCUUUGGAGGCUGUGUUUACAGACCUGGAGAUCCUUGCAGCAAUUUUUGCCAGUGCAAUACACGAUGUAGAUCACCCUGGUGUGUCCAAUCAAUUUCUGAUCAAUACAAACUCUGAACUUGCCUUGAUGUACAAUGACUCCUCUGUCCUAGAGAACCAUCACUUGGCUGUGGGCUUUAAAUUGCUUCAGGAAGAAAAUUGUGAUAUUUUCCAGAAUUUGACCAAAAAGCAAAGACAAUCUUUAAGGAAAAUGGUCAUUGACAUUGUACUUGCAACAGAUAUGUCAAAACACAUGAAUCUACUAGCUGAUUUGAAAACGAUGGUUGAAACUAAGAAAGUGACGAGUUCUGGAGUUCUCCUUCUUGAUAAUUAUUCUGAUAGGAUCCAGGUCCUUCAGAAUAUGGUGCACUGCGCAGAUCUGAGCAACCCCACGAAGCCCCUGCAGCUGUACCGCCAGUGGACGGACCGCAUCAUGGAGGAGUUCUUCCGCCAGGGAGACCGCGAGCGGGAGCGUGGCAUGGAGAUCAGCCCCAUGUGUGACAAGCACAAUGCAUCUGUGGAGAAAUCCCAGGUGGGCUUCAUUGACUACAUUGUCCAUCCUCUCUGGGAGACGUGGGCAGACCUUGUACACCCUGAUGCCCAGGACAUUCUGGACACGCUGGAGGACAACCGGGAAUGGUACCAAAGCACAAUCCCUCAGAGCCCCUCUCCUGCGCCUGACGACCCGGAGGAGGGCCCGCAGGGCCAGACUGAGAAAUUCCAGUUCGAACUAACUUUAGAGGAAGACGGGGAGUCAGACACCGAGAAGGACAGUGGAAGCCAAGUGGAGGAAGACACUAGCUGCAGUGACUCCAAGACCCUGUGCACCCAGGACUCAGAGUCCACUGAAAUUCCCCUCGAUGAGCAGGUCGAGGAGGAGGCCGUAGGGGGUGGGGAAAGCCAGCCCGAAGUCUGUGUCACAGACGAGUGCUCGCCAGACACGUAACAGUGCAAAGACUGUCACGCCUUUUUUUUUUUUUUUUUUUUUUUUUUUUAAAGUAGAAAACAUUGUUUCCAAAGUGCAUGUCACAUGCCACAACCAUGGUCACACCUCACUGUCAUCUGCCAGGACGUUUGUUGAACAAAACUGACCUUGACUACUCAGUCUGGCGCUCAGGAAUACCGUAUCCAGACUCUUCACCUCCACGCCGUCGGAGCAAGGGGGCCGUCUUCACGAACAGCAUUGUAAUGUCACCUCAGCUUGCUCAAGCUGACGCAGCAGAGAAAAUCAACUCCAAAAUGUUUUCAAGGGGGCCUGACUCAUCAGGCAGCCCAGAUGUGGAUUGGCAUCAGAGGUUCUGGCAGCGUUUUCUGAAGAAAGCAUUACGUGGAAGAGGUGGACUUCGUGGGUAAAGUAGCAGGCACGUCAGGAGCAGAAUUCAGCCCGGAUCUGUGCCCAGUGGAGAGGAGAGCCACAGAAAUUGCAUAAUUUUCUAAUUUCAAGUCUUCCUGAUACAUGACUGAACAGUGUAGUGCAGUGAGCUGCACGCACCUCUACAUUUUGUAUGAUAAUGUAAAAGAUUUUUUGUAGAGCUUACUUUUAUUAAAUGUAUUGAGGUAUUAUAUUUAAAAAAAACUAUGUUCAGAAUUUCAUCUGCCACUGGUUAUUUUUUUCUAAGGAGUAACUUGCAAGUUUUCAGUGCAAAUCUGUGCUACACUGGAUAAAUCUAAUGUACGGAUUUACUUGCACCUUAUGGUUCAUAGCAAUUAACUGAUUUGUAGUGGUCAUUGUUUUAUAUACCAAUAACUUCCAUAUUUUAAAACAGAACAACAACUUUAUGUUGCUGGAAACCCUUUUUAUAAGUCUUUAUUUACUUUGCUUUUUUAUUUCACCCUUCCCAACAAGCAGAACUGCUCUCCGCUGACAUUUUUCUUCACAGUGUGCAGAGUGACUGUUUGUCCUGCAGUACAUCAAUGCGUGUUAUGUCCAGUGUCUUAGGCCGCACGGAGCUAUCAGCUGGUGUUACCUGAAGCAAGUGGAAGGUUGUACAAAUACCCAGCAGCUCCAGCACUUGGUCCUUCUUAGGUAUUUUCCUACCUAAUUGUCUCCUGCUCAGUCUUACUAUGUCUGCGGCAUCCCACGAGUACACCUCCUCAUAGGAACUCACACAUUUCAUGUUCAUCUUUCACAGCCAGGUAGAAUAGGGAACACGUGGUCCUCUUGUGCUAUUUUAUUUAGUGUGUGUUUGAAUCUCUGUCCAUGUUUGCUAAAUGAAAUUUUAUGAGAUAUAUCUCUGCCAUCCUACUUGAUGACAAGAAGCUGGUAGUGAAAUUAGGGUUAGAACCUAUUUCUACCCUGAGAUUGUUUGUCAUGACUAGCUUUUACUCUGAGGUUACAAACCAAAGUUAACAGAGAACCAGGCAGUGCUAAGAAUAUUCACAGAGUAUAUUAGCAAACACCAGUACAAUAUUGUUUUCCUGUUGUUUCGCCGUGGGGUAAGGAACAAUAUGAAGAAUAUCCCCAAGUGUAGCAGUAUAGCAGCUACUCCUUCUUAAUAGACAGCUGCGCAACCUGCAGGAAUUGCUUUAUCACUCUGGACCCAGGUCAUGGUUUGAAGGAGGGAACUGUUUAUUUAAACACCCAGAGGAUUAGGGAGAUAGCUCAGUACAAUAAGUGCCUGCCUGGCAAGCGCAGGGCCCUGAGUUCAAUCCCUGGGACCGCAUAAAGUACAGCAGUUGAUGUAAGCACUCUAACACCAGUAGGUUGGUAAAGUCUAAAAUAGUAGAUUAGUAAAAAUAUUCAGCCUAAAUACCAAAUUAGAAAUCAGUGAAAUAUCCUAGCUGAUUCUAGCACCAAGAACUGUAUUGCAAUUUUAGAGAUUAAUCACCAGUGUUUAUCUGCCAACAGCAGUGAGUAUCAUGGGCUGUUAAAUGUGAACUUUCUUUCCAAAUCGAUUCCUUAAUAAAGGAUUUGCCCUCUCUGAAUAAUUUGGAACCCAUAUAAUUGCCUUUCCAUUAAUAGCUAAGAAGUGAGUUAGGGACAGAAAGGUUACUGACUGCAUUGAAGAGGUAAAACAUUGAAGAAGAAUCACAACCCUGAACAAAUCUGUACUUGGAACUUCUCAAGGAGCCCACUGGGUAUGGGUAGCUAAGCCUUCAGUCAGGAUCAUGCCGGAAGCAGAAGGUAGUCCUAGCUUAACCUCCUCCAGUUCAAAUGAUGCUUAGCACCUUAGGUAGAAAAAGUUGCUUUCUGUUUUUUUACAUAGGGCAGAAUGGAAAUUAACUAAUUACUAGGGUGGGCUUCUACUCUUUUUUUUCCCCUUGUAGAAACCCAACAGUGUAAACUAAAAACCUUUGUUUCACGAAGUGAAUUCCCAAGAACAUUGUAGCUGUCCCUGAGGGAAACAUAGAAGAAAAAAAGCAGCCUUGAGGGUUUAUUCCUCUUUUUGAAUUAUUCUCACCCCUUCCUGGCCCUGCCUGUGGUAUUGCCCCCACAGAGUGCCCAGAACUUUCAUAACGAAGGCAGCACUAUGUUGUGAGUGGACCUUGAUGCGAAGGUGCAGUUUAUAACUGCGCUCAGACAGACUUUUCUGGUUUGAUGGGUUUGAAUGUCACCAUGCCAUGAGGAUAUGCACUGAUGGACAACCAAAGUAGAGAAGACACAGCAUCCAAGAACUGGGGACUACUGCGCUGUCCUCUUUCCCCUCCCACUUCUCUCCUGUUCCCCUUCUGCCCUGCCUCUUGUUCUCUCUGGCCAAAAUGUACGUCAGAAAUGCACACUGCUUUAAGGAGACUAAUAUCCUUACCCAAGUGGCUCUCCAUUUCCUACCAUGCCAUAAGAAAUGCAAUGUUGGGCCGGGGAGAUGGCUCAGUGGAAUAAGUGCUUCCCUGGCAAGCACAAAGGCCUGAGUUCAAUCCCCGGUUCCGCCAAAAAAAAAAAAAAAAUACAAUGUCUGGGUACUGCCUGGGUACUGUCCAAGUUUGUAUAAUACCAGUACAUUUCAGCUCGCAAGUUACGGAGCCCAGUAAUGCUGUUUCAGAUGUGUUUUCUUUUGCAUCAAUUAAAAUUCACAAGAAAAUAGUGUAGAUAGAACAAAUUGCAAACAAGGAAAGAAAAAAACUUGAAUGAAAUGGAUUUUCCAGAAAGCUUUAUAAUUUUUGAAUGCUUUAUUUAUUUUUUGUGCCAUGCAUUUUUUUCUCACCAAAUGACCUUAUCUGUACUACAGUCUUGUUUCUCUGUUUACAACCAUGUAUUUAUUGUAAUGUACAUACUGUAAUGUUAAUUGUAAAUUAUCAGUUCUUAUUAAAACAUCAUCUCAUGAUGGGAUGGUGUUGACAUAUUUGGAAACUCUUGGUGAGAGAAUGGAUGGUGUGUAUACAUACUCCUUGUACAUUUUUCUUUUCUCCUGUAAUAUAGUCUCGUCAUCUUAGAGCUUGUUUAUGAAAGUCAAGAAAACUAUAAAAUACAUAAAGAUAUAUAAAUUUAAAUAACAUAGCUGCAGGUCUUUGGUCCCAGGGCUGUGCCUUAACUUUAACCAAUAUUUUCUUCUGUUUUGCUGCAUUUCAAAAUAAAGGUAGAGCUAGGGCUGGGCAGUAUCUAUCUAAGCUUUCAAUUCAUUACAUUUCUGGCAACAGACGGAUUUGACAAAACCGUAGACAACCUCUGGAUGAUUGGGUGACCCUUCCGAGAUACGGACCUUUAGCCUUCUUCUUGCCAUGAAGAAGCAGUACACAUGGUAAGACUUACUAGCCAGCUGUUGUCAGGAGCUACUUCAGUGUCCAGGAGAUUGCUUUUCAUUUCAGCCACGCCUGGGAAAGGCUUUCUUGUCCACUGCGCAUAGAAAGUCUGUUUUCUGGCUUUCAUAGGAAAAUGAACUUGAAGACGAAAACCUUGGUUUGAAAUCAGAGCCAUAGAUCGCGUCUUGAUUUGUUACCUGUGCCUCCAAGUCCUGUCAGGUUAGGGAAUACUCGGUACAGAAAACGCCAUUUUUUCAACCCUAGAAUUUUCAACUAAAAUUAAAUUUCUUUUAAAUACUAAGUUGUAGACGAUGCCAAUUCACAUAGCGUAAAGAUUUCAUUAUUCUCUAAAGUUUGUGCAAAAUGCAUACCUAUUUAGAAUUCUUUGCACAGUAGCUCCUGAAAGCUGUAAUUUCUAGUGGACAGUGUGAAGACCCGCUGCUACUCUCUGCCCAGCCCUGGAGCAUGUGACUUACCGGUGAAAGAUUCUUUUUCUAGGAAAAAUGAGCCUGUAUUUUAUUUUAUUUUUUGACACAAACUGUAGAUUUUAGCAGCCCUGGCCCAAAGGAAUUUGAUUACUUUUGUUUUAAAUAGUACAAAGGGGACACUAUAACGACAAAACACAUCCUUACUGAUUUUAGUUGUUUUUAAAUUUUCUUGGGACAUGUUUCAGAGUGGUAAAUUGUGUGUGAGCAUUACAAAUGCUGAUUCUUUUAGUGGUUUCUUAGCCUCUCUUACAGCCCAUGGGGAUAGUACUGUACAUCAAUCAAUACCUUCAUAUGAAUUUUUAUAUGCAAUGAAAAUAAAAGCAUGGGUUGAUUCUGCCUA